AAAUCUCCAAUUCUCUCUCUCCACAACUUUCACCUUUCUCUCUUUACAAAUCUAUACACACCAACGAGUCGAGUCGAGUCUCGUCUCGUCUGAAAAUGGGUGUCGACGGCGAGGACCAACGCACGCUGAUCUUCACCUACGGAACCCUCAAGAGGGGAUUUUUCAACCACACGCUCAUCGAGACGAUGGCGCUCACCGGAGACGCCGUGUACCUGGGACCGCGGCGGACGGUGGAGAAGUACCCGCUGGUUUGCGGGCCGUACAGAGUGCCGUUCCUCCUGAACCUUUCGGGCUCCGGCGACAGGGUAUCAGGCGAGCUGUACGCCGUGUCGAGUCGGGGACUCGCCCGCAUGGACGAGUUGGAGGGGACGAGCUGCGGCCACUACGAGCGGCUGCCGAUCGAGGUCGCCGGCGGCAUCGGCGACGAUGGGGGCGGGGUGACGUGCGCGGAGGCGUACUACGCGCACGGGAGCUACGCGACCGAGCUGUGGAAGAAGAGCGGGGAGAAGGGGCUGUGCGCGUAUUCGGAAAAGGAGGCGAAAGGGUACGUGAAGCGCAUGGAUAGGCCCCAGAAUCUUACCUUCCUUGAUCAGAUUAGGCUCUUUGUUGCCUCUUCUGAUUGAUUGAUUCUUUCUUUCUGGAUUUUUUGAGUUGUUGAUUAGAUCAGAAUUUUCGUUCGGAGAAGAGAAGAAAAAGAAGGGCAAAGAAAAGAAAAAGAAAUGGGGAGGAAACAAGAGGAGGGAUCUCUGCAUUUUGGGGUGGGAGAUCGUUUCUUGGAUUGGGGGAUAAUCUGUGAACGAAUUUGAUUUGUAGGAGAAGAAGAAUUAUUAUGGAAAAUAAGAUUGUCAAGUAGCAGAAAAUCAAUGGAGCCAAGAAAAUUUAGAUGAA